GUGGAUGACAGCGUAGGAGAAGCGACAAGCAAAAAGAACCUCCCUGAGCAUGAUGUUCGUGGCGUCUAUCACAGGUUACAAGUUGCUCCACUUCCUGAAACAAGUCAACAAGUAGAUCCUAAAGCAUCUGCCAAGCAGGAGGGUUCUACCGCACAACAACAAGGACAACAGCAAGCUCCUGCAGCGUCUUCUGCCGCUACAACUAGGGUGAAAAAGGAAGAGCCAAGUUCUACGAC